AGCACUAGGAGAAGACCAGGCUUCUCCGGCCCAGGUGCUGCAGGACCUGCUGGAGCGAUAUGGGGACAAUGCCACCAUCUCUGUCCCCCAGCUCCGCUCUCUGCUGGCCCGACUCAGUGCACCUGGCCAGGGGGACAACGCCACCGCAGCACAGGGGACAGCUCCACCGCCGCCGCCCAGAGUCAACCUGUCCAAAGUAUGUAUAUUUAAAUACAUAUUUAUAUCUGUUUUUGUAAAAUUAAAAUAAGUGACAUCCCUAUAUCCAGUCCGUCUUGCUUCCACUUUCACCCAAAUAGCUGGGACAGUGUUUCCUCUGGAGAAAGAAAAUGCCUUGUUUUGCGGGUCCGUGUCCCCCGGAUAAUUUUUAUGUAGAAGGACUAAGAAUCUCAGUUUUGGUUACUUUUUAAAAGGACAUUCUAUUCCAACAUGAAUGAAAAUACAAUUAUGCUGACACCAUCUAAAAUAUAAUUUCCACCUCCAGAUAUGAGCCAAAUAACAACAUAUUGGUACAGUUAUUAUUUGUUAAUUAUUUUUAACAUAUUGGACCAUGCAUACAACCUAGCUAUGUAUGCAUGGUCCAUAUUAUCGGGUAUGCUAUUAGCAAUAAGCAUUAUCAGCCCAACUGAUGCAGCAUAUUGGCUAUAAAUAAAUAGGCUAUUACUAAAAUGAUUACCCUAUUGGGCUAAUCAUUUGCCAGAUUCCAAAUGUGGUCUUUCAACUAGUUGGCAUACAUUUUAAUCAUAUCAAUAGUGUUUCUUUAGACCUGACUAAAAUAAGUAAUGGAUUUAUUGUGAUGGUGUAUAUUUAAAUAGAUUUUUUUUUUAGUGAUAAAAAAAAUAAAUGUAGAUGUUCCAAAGGCUCGCAUCAGUGGCUUGUAUACAGCUAAAUGACCACAGCGGAAGCUAAAUGACCACAGCGGAAGCUAAAUGACCACAGCGGAAGCUAAAUGACCACAGCGGAAGCUAAAUGACCACAGCGGAAGCUAAAUGACCACAGCGGAAGCUAAAUGACCACAGCGGAAGCUAAAUGACCACAGCGGAAGCUAAAUGACCACAGAGGAAGCUAAAUGACCCCAGCGGAAGCUAAAUGACCACAGCUGAAACACUGAGAUGGGAUGCUUGAUAUUCUUACCGGGCUUUAAUGCCAGGUAGUUGACUCACUAGUUGUGGCUUCUCUUCAUGUUAGAGAGAGCUGUGUGUUCGUGGUCGUGUCCCGUGUCCCUGAGCUAAGGGAAUGAGUUUACCUUUUUUUCCCAGAGUUUGUGUGCUCAAGGAAUGGAACCUUCCAUAGACCAGUUCCAUCAUAUCUAUAUGGAUAACUUAAUCUCACUUUAGUUUUCCAUGAAGGGAAAACAUAAUGUCCCUUAUCAGAUAGUAAAUGAUUAGGGUCUGUCUGAGGUCGGAGGUGGUUUCUUUUUGUGGUCUGUGUGUGUGUGUGUGUGUGUGUGUGUCAGUGACUGAUUGCGUGUUUCCCUCCACAGUGCUUACCUGGAGACACCCUGGCAGUGUACAGUAUGAGCGAGCAGUCUCGUCUGGAUGGGCGUGGCCUACAGGAGCUCUGCCCCACAAUGCUACAGCAAUUGGACUCGGGUGCCUGUGGGGUGGAGAAAGAGCUGGAGCUUAUCAAAGACCCACCUUCCAAACCCACUGCUGCUGAAGGUGAGCCUCUCAACUCAUAUAUUCUUUCAUAAUAUAUUUGCAGUGUUUCCCCUAGGAUUUUUUUUGCGUAGGGGGGAUGCCAAUGGCACAGUCUCUGACUGAACAUUUUUGUGACCGUCCUCAAUUUUAAAAAGUAAAUUUCCUGCAUUUCUACACAUUUUGCCUUUGGGUCUGAGGGAAAAUAUGCAGCUUGAAAGUGUUUUUUUUUUGUGUGUGCAAUUCUACACAUUUUGCCAUGGCUUAUGCUGUGUUGUUACGCUGUCUGACUCAAACAUAACAAAAUCAAUGAGGGACCCAUGCCAUUUUGGGAAUUUUAGAUUCUCCCUGACUAGUUUCUAUUUAGGUAAUUGUUACCUCUCAAAGAUGAUCUUAUAAAAUAUAUAAAUACCUCCAUUUAUCUUUUCGUCAUACUUUAUAUCAGUUUUCUUUUUGUCUUUGGGAGUAGCGGCAACAAUUGCUGCUAAAUGAAUAUCAACACUGAUUUACUAUAGCCUACCUACGUCAGGGGUACGCUAAUAGUCAGCCGCAGGACGAUUUAUUUUGAAGCUCAUUUUUAGCUGAAUUCCUGAUAGUUUUAGUGUUUUCAGUCCUCAGUAAAGUAAUUCCACAAUUCACCAUUGCUUUGGUCUGAGCAUGCAGUUGCAGUGUACUGCUGUGCUGCAAUCUACACAUUGCCAUGCUUAUCAGUGUUAGUACACUUUGACUCAACAUGAACAUAAAUCAAUAGGUGCCAUUUUGGGAUUGUUAUGUCUAGACUUUUCUUAGGUAAUUUUCCAUUAGAACUAUAAAAUUCAAAUACCUCUAUCUCUCAACUUAAUUGUCCGUUGGUGGGGUUAUGAAUAUAGACUUUACUGCACUAGGAGGGUUAGCAAUAGUGCCGCAGAGAUUUAGGUUCUGAACCUCAAUAGCUGAUCAAGUGUUAGCUGUUUUCUCCAGCAUUCAACAUCUUGUACUUCCUGGUCCACUUUAGCACAGAACAGCCAUUAUUAGAACGCCACUGUCAGCAGAUUCUAGGUACAGAAUCCUCUUAGCAGGUACAAAUAAUACAUUAAGGCACCACCAUCUUGGAUCCGUCUGGCUCACACUGCCCGCAGCUUCUCAGACUGCUGACAUCAGAGGUUGGCAGGCCAUGUAACUGGAUGUCCUUGUUAUUACUCUGGAAGCCAUUUUAGCAUCUGGUUCUAAUCUAUGUGCUUGUGUUGUGGAUGUAUGUGGGCUGCAGCGUACGCUUUUGUACAGGCUGUUUUUAGGGUAUAUUUUAGUUUUAUAACAUACAAACAAGAACAGUAGCUACUAGCUAGUUCUCAUCAGAGCCCAGUCUAAAUUGUCCCUGGUGUAGGUGGUGGGUAUAAAAAGACUGUUAAUGACAGGCUUGGAGAAUGUAGUAAACUAGUGUGAUCCUCGCACUGGGCCACUGCACCUAGAAUUACAGGACAUAGAAAAGGACAUUGGAACUCGCUGUACAAAGUCAUGAGGAUUUUAGAGCCGUGUCAGGUUCUACAUAUUCUGUUUAUGUGGUCUACAGCACUUGUGGUGUGUUUAGAAACCAAAGUCAAGAAUGUUGAUAUGCCUUGCCUCCAUCUCUAUACCAGCUAACAGUUGUUCUAGUUGCAAUUUGCAAAGAUUCUAACACAUGAACUGACAAUGCUGGAAGAGAACGCUGUACUGUGAUUGUCUUGAUGUUGUUUAAGAAGAUGUUUAAAAACCUCUCACUGUUUAUGGUAUUUGCCCCUUUCUGUGUCAUAAUUUCUGGCAGGAGAAGCAUUGAUACAGCAUGUGUUUUGGCCAGAGAUAUAUUUUCACUCUCAUCUUCCAUUAAUGCCUAGAGCGCUCUCCCCAGUGCAGUCCUGGGUUCAAAUAGUAUUUGAAAUCUACUGUGUUUGCUUAAGCCAAACCUGGUGUGGUAGGUGGCAUGGUUUGCACUUUUGAAACGAUUCCAUUGGCUCUGUUGCGGCAGGCAAGCUCAAUCACAGCUAAAGUAUAUUUAAAGAUUUCGAAUGCUAUUUGAACCCAGGUCUGGGACAUGGUAUUUGGCCAGCCGUGACUCGGGCUGAGGUGUCUCGAUGUAACCCAGUUGCUAGCUGCUGCAGUGGGGGCAGAGUGAGGUCAGUUCAAUGUGUCCCAUUGCCCUCCUUUUACAAGUCUCUGUUCAUGAAAUGGCCUCCUCCUCUGUUUUGCUCCAAGAUUUGUGCUUGUCCCAUUUUGUUUUGGAUUUCAAGCACUGUAUUUCAAGAUGACUGAUUCCUAUUGUGACAAUGUGUGUUCGUUUUGCAGAGGGAAGGAGGGUAGGCGGGUUUGGUCCGUCCUUCAAAUGUUUCCCUCUUCUUUGCAGGUCACACUAUAAUGCUAAGGAGGACUGUCCUUUCAAGUGUUUACACUGCAGUAGUCUCUUCUCCUUGUUUGCAUAGCACUGGAAUGAGUUGCCUCUGCCCAUAAAAACUACAUCCUCUCUGGGGGAGCUUUAAAAAAUUAAGUAAAAAAACGGUUUGAUGUCUUCUGUGCCCAUUUGAAUGUACCUUACGAUGUAACUGCACUGAUGAGAUAGAUGUUCUUCUUCUUUGUUUUUAUGUUGUAUUAUCUCUCUGUCAUACUGUGUUCCACCAUGUUGGCUCUUGUCUCAAGACCACAAUGGAAAUACGUCUCAGGAUUUAAUGUGUGUUAUCCUCCAUGAUUUACUCAUGUGCGUCUAUGGCUUUUUUUUGUAUGUGUGCUUGUUUUUUUUGUUUUUAAAUGGUCGAAUUUAAUAAUAAACUAAACUCUUCUUACAGACCGUGUGUCACUUCUGCAAUCCACACCACAACCAAAGUUGCCACGUCUUCCUCUCUCCCACAGGGUACAGGUGCUUUUUGUGUGCUGAAAGGAUCAGAGAGGAAACUCUUUAACCGUUCAUUUACCAAACAUUACAGUGGUUUUAUGCUCAACACCACCGCAAUGUAGGCUACAUGUCGACUGCACCUACCACAAUGUCACUGAUCCCAUCUUACUUCCCUUUCCACAGAUUCCCUUUCCCUUCCUUACCGCCCUGUGAUAUCUCCCCUUCACAGAUGUCAUAUAUAUAUAUAUACAGUGGGGGAAAAAAAUUUAUUUAGUCAGCCACCAAUUGUGCAAGUUCUCCCACUUAAAAAGAUGAGAGAGGCCUGUAAUUUUCAUCAUAUGUACACGUCAACUAUGACAGACAAAUUGAGAACAAAAAAUCCAGAAAAUCACAUUGUAGGAUUUUUAAUGAAUUUAUUUGCAAAUUAUGGUGGAAAAUAAGUAUUUGGUCACCUACAAACAAGCAAUAUUUCUGGCUCUCACAGACCUGUAACUUCUUCUUUAAGAGGCUCCUCUGUCCUCCACUCGUUAUCUGUAUUAAUGGCACCUGUUUGAACUUGUUAUCAGUAUAAAAGACACCUGUCCACAACCUCAAACAGUCACACUCCAAAGUCCACUAUGGCCAAGACCAAAGAGCUGUCAAAGGACACCAGAAACAAAAUUGUAGACCUGCACCAGGCUGGGAAGACUGAAUCUGCAAUAGGUAAGCAGCUUGGUUUGAAGAAAUCAACUGUGGGAGCAAUUAUUAGGAAAUGGAAGACAUACAAGACCACUUGUAAUCUCCCUCGAUCUGGGGCUCCACGCAAGAUCUCACCCCGUGGGGUCAAAAUGAUCACAAGAACGGUGAGCAAAAAUCCCAGAACCACACGGGGGGACCUAGUGAAUGACCUGCAGAGAGCUGGGACCAAAGUAACAAAGCCUACCAUCAGUAACACACUACGCCGCCAGGGACUCAAAUCCUGCAGUGCCAGACGUGUCCCCCUGCUUAAGCCAGUACAUGUCCAGGCCCGUCUGAAGUUUGCUAGAGUGCAUUUGGAUGAUCCAGAAGAGGAUUGGGAGAAUGUCAUAUGGUCAGAUGAAACCAAAAUAUAACUUUUUGGUAAAAACUCAACUCGUCGUGUUUGGAGGACAAAGAAUGCUGAGUUGCAUCCAAAGAACACCAUACCUACUGUGAAGCAUGGGGGUGGAAACAUCAUGCUUUGGGGCUGUUUUUCUGCAAAGGGACCAGGACGACUGAUCCGUGUAAAGGAAAGAAUGAAUGGGGCCAUGUAUCAUGAGAUUUUGAGUGAAAACCUCCUUCCAUCAGCAAGGGCAUUGAAGAUGAAACAUGGCUGGGUCUUUCAAUGAUCCCAAACACACCACCCGGGCAACGAAGGAGUGGCUUCGUAAGAAGCAUUUCAAGGUCCUGGAGUGGCCUAGCCAGUCUCCAGAUCUCAACCCCAUAGAAAAUCUUUGGAGGGAGUUGAAAGUCCGUGUUGCCCAGCGACAGCCCCAAAACAUCACUGCUCUAGAGGAGAUCUGCAUGGAGGAAUGGGCCAAAAUACCAGCAACAGUGUGUGAAAACCUUGUGAAGACUUACAGAAAACAUUUGACCUGUGUCAUUGCCAACAAAGGGUAUAUAACAAAGUAUUGAGAAACUUUUGUUAUUGACCAAAUACUUAUUUUCCACCAUAAUUUGCAAAUAAAUUCAUUAAAAAAUCCUACAAUGUGAUUUUCAGGGGUUUUUUUCUUCUCAUUUUGUCUGUCAUAGUUGACGUGUACCUAUGAUGAAAAUUACAGGCCUCAUCUUUUUAAGUGGGAGAACUUGCACAAUUGGUGGCUGACUAAAUACUUAUUUUUCCCCACUGUACAUAUCCUUCAUAUCUAUGAUGUCAUUGUUUUUCCUUUCCUCCCUGUUCUUCAUGUGAUCAUUACUGCUCCUGCAGUCACAGUCCUCUGUGAUCAUUGUCACAGCACACAGAGUAAUUCUCAUAUUACACAAACAGCAUGUGUGUUUUAGUGUUCACUUCAAACCCCCUCUUUGCUGUAUUGUGUGCCUCCUCUCCUCCCUCCUCCUCCCAUCACAGUGUGGGGUUUCUCCUUUCUGAGUGUGACCCUGGUCAGUGCCUUCUCUCUCACCGGUGUGUUCCUGGUUCCCCUCAUGAGGACGAGUCACAUGCGCCGGGCGCUCAUCUAUUUCAUCGCCCUCUCCAUCGGAACUCUCUACUCCACCGCUGUGUUCCAGAUGCUGCCAGAGGUGCGGUAUCCAUCAAUCCUCCUUCCCCUCCCUCUCUAUAUAUAUUCCCUUAACAACAAUGCCCCACCGACCACAGCACUCUCAAUUCUUCACUUCCUUCUGGGCAUUUCCUCCUUUCUCUCUCUUCCCUCCCUUCCUGGGGUUGUAAUUAGCAGCUUGGGAAUUGUCGUGUUCAACCGACCAGCGGUCAUCAAAGAGCUACUGUGAUUCUACGGUUGCCUCAGUGGUUUUCUCUGCCACUGGAAUUCUGGAUGGAUUGUUUUCUCUCUCUCUCUGUCUGUUAUCUGUGUGUGAGUCUACAUGGGCUGGUCUGUCUACUCUUCAUUCUUCACUGGCUGUGGAAUAUAUGCAAUCUGUGAGACUGGUUCUCCUUGGAGAGAGGCUGGCUGACUUGCUGGCUGGCUGACUUGCUGGUUGGCUGGCUGACUUGCUGGCUGGCUAGCUGACUUGCUGGCUGGCUGGCUGGCUUGCUGGCUGGCUGGCUGGCUUGCUGGCUGGCUGGCUGGCUGGCUGGCUGGCUGGCUGGCUGGCUGGCUGGCUGGCUGGCUUGCUGGUUGGCUGGCUGACUUGCUGGCUGGCUAGCUGACUUGCUGGCUGGCUGGCUGGCUUGCUGGCUGGCUGGCUGGCUUGCUGGCUGGCUGGCUGGCUGGCUGGCUGGCUGGCUGGCUUGCUGGCUGGCUGGCUGGCUGACUUGCUGGUUGGCUGGCUGACUUGCUGGCUGGCUAGCUGACUUGCUGGCUGGCUGGCUGGCUUGCUGGCUGGCUGGCUGGCUUGCUGGCUGGCUGGCUGGCUGGCUUGCUGGCUGGCUGGCUGACUUGCUGGCUGGCUGGCUGAACAGUGCCUCUAACCUCACCUCAGGGAAACCAGACCAAGUGGGUAUUUGCUGCUCCCAAUGUCCCACAAUUUUACCCCCUUUCUCAAAAUACUAUUGGUGAAUAUUACAAUUUAAGGCAUAAAAAGCAAGGUGCCAUUAUAAAGUCCCUUAGUUGAUGAGUAACCUCUACAAGAGACAAUAAAUGCUUUCUAGCUUCCCCCUCUAUUCAGGCAGCGUGACUGUUUAGUGUCUGUCUGCAGUGAGCCAGAGGCGACAGGAGCUCAGAUCAUGCCCAGGGGCUGCUGGCAGCUAGCUAGUGGAGUGGUUCAGAGCAGACACACACCUGGCCUGAAAGACAAUGGUGUGUGUGUGUGUGUAUCUCUAGCUACCCUGUCCCUAUCUUUCUCUGGUUUUAUCUGAUCAGUGUUGCGUACUCCCUAAUUUCCACCUGUAUUGUGUGACGGCUCCAGCUCAAAGCACCAGUGGUUCCAGACUGCAUCAUAAAGGCCUGAGGAUUCUGCUUCCUCUGAUCUGUGACGACAUCAUUAUCUCCCGCUCCUCUUAAUCACAGGCUGUUUGGGGUUAGAACACUGGUCUGAUGGGAAACAAAUCAUGGUGUCUCCUCAUCAUACAGUGAUCACACACACACACACACACACACACACACGCACAGGUCUGUGAAUGGACAUUGAUUGUGAAUAGACAGUCAGUGUCGAUUGAUUGGGCAUUUCCUGUUCUCCGGGAACAGCACUAAGGGUGAUGUGAUUCUUUUCUUCAGGGCUGACAUCUACUGGUGUUAUCCUCCGGUUAAUCCUUCUACUGGGAAAAAUAAUAUCUUUAAUGAUUUCAUGAUAAUCUUCCCCUUUUUCUGUCCUUUUUCCUCUUCUUUUUGGUCCCCCUUCCCUCUCACCCCUCUUUCUCUCUCCCCCCCUCCCCCCUGGUCGUGGUCAGUUUGGGGUUACGGGUUCCUAUGCGUGACCAUCAUCUCUCUGUGUUCGCUGGUUGGGGCCAGUGUGGUCCCCUUCAUGAGGAAAACCUUUUACAAGCGCCUGCUCCUCUACUUCAUAGCCCUGGCCAUUGGCACCCUCUACUCCAACGCCCUGUUUCAGCUCAUCCCAGAGGUAGUGUGAAGGGCAUGCUAUUCACUACAUAGUGCACUACUUUAGCACCCUUUCCCUUAAUUAGUGAACAACUUCGGAAACCUAUUCCCUAUGUAGUGAAAUAUUUUUAGCGACCUAUUCCCUCUUAGUGCACUACGUUUGGCACCCUAUUCCCUAUAUAGUGCACUACGUUUGGCACCCUAUUCCCUAUAUAGUGCACUACGUUUGGCACCCUAUUCCCUAUAUAGUGCACUACGUUUGGCACCCUAUUCACCUUUAUAGUGCACUACGUUUGGCUGAGGCUAUGGCCGAAAGUAGUGCACUAUAUAGGAAAUCGGAUGUGGUCCACUACCUCAGUUGUUCCCCCCCUUCAAGCAGCCCUCAGCCAAAAUGGAACCAAAUGAAACCAGACUAACUACAGUCAUGCCUGGCCCAUAGAUUUAAUUAGGUGAACCAUCCACUUAAUUAACAGUAUAUCACUUUAUUGACCCCAAAUGUGAUUCUGAAAAGCAGACCCUUUGAGCUGCUGGUGGGCCUUGCCUCUCUGAGGGCCUGGAAAGGGGAAGCACUGAGGAAAAUAGCAUUUGUUGCUUUAGGCUGUUCUUAGAUGGAAUAGAAAUUCACCUCAUCCACAUGGGUCCAUUUUGCACCAGAAAGCUAAUCACAUAUCAGUUAUCACAUGACACCAAACCAACAUAGCAGAGAGGAGUUGGCUGAAAAGCACUACCAUAUUUGGAACCGGGCCACAGUAGUUUACCUUUAGCCGACAAAUAGCCCAAGGUGUUAGCCAAUGUGCUGAUGUGCCAUUCAAAGAUUUUACAGUGAAAUGUAGAUACAAUGUCUGCCUUUUUUUUAAAAAAUGCUUGAAGCAGUAUUUUGCCAUUUUAAUAGUGCUCUCUAAUUAGUGAUUUUAUUGGUGAUGUUUAUAACAGUAGCCUAUCUCUUAGCCUCUUAUUGUGUCCUUGAGGAGAGAAACUGGCUAGCGUUCAUAAUGUACUGUCCUUCCAGACAGCCAGCCAGUGAUUGUUAUGUCUCUGCCCCAUAGUCUCAAUAAGAUAUCAGGGAGAAUUGACUUAACACUUGACUUCUUGAGAUUAGUUGGCACCUAGUAUUGUUCACAUACCAUUUAUAAAAGAACAGUCUGUCAGUGUGAAGUUAAAGUUGUUUGGUAUUACCAAUCCUUUUUAUUUUUCAUUCCCAAUGCCAAACACAUACAGUAGGUCAAAAACCUUGAUAUAGAGUGAGACAAUAGCGCCUCAUUCACCAGCCAUUUACAUUUUUUUGUCAUUUAGCAGACGCUCUUAUCCAGAGCGACUUAGUUAGUGAGUGCAUACAUUUUUCAUACUGGUCCCCCCCGUGGGAAUCGAACCCACAACCCUGGGGUUGCAAGCCGCCAUGCUCUACCAACUGAGCUACACGGGACAUAACUGACAUGUUCAGCUUGAAUUGUGCGGAAUCGUGACAGAGACAUAAUUGAUACUUCCAAUGUAAUAGGGCCCUACCUAGUUCAGUCAAGCCAAUGACGGUUUUUACACAAAUCCUUUCACAGUCAAAUGUAAUACCCUGUUAUUAACCAAUUUGACGGAUGCCUUUUUAGUUAACUGUGUAUAUUGUCCUCCUAGGCGUUUGGUUUUGACCCCAUGGUGGACAACUAUGUGUCUAAGUCCACGGUGGUGUUUGGAGGGUUCUACCUGUUCUUCUUCACGGAGAAAGUCCUCAAGAUGCUGCUCAGACCCAAGGAUAAGGUGAGUCCACGUUUCAACAACCCUUUUUGCUGGUAUUUGCUUUGGGUACAGCAAAUUAACUGACUGAAAAAUGCACAAGGAUGACAAACAUGGGAUUCGUCAUUUCUUUCACCCUGUCACGAUCGUCGUAGAAAGUGGACCAAGGCGCAGCGUGAUGAACGAACAUAUUUAUUUAUAUAAUGAAUGCACGAACAAAACGAAAACGUGACGUCCUACGGUAACACAACCCAAACGGAACAAGAUCCCACAAACACGAAUGGAAAACAGACUGUUUAAAUAUGGUUCCCAAUCAGAGACAACCAGCCACAGCUGACACUCGUUGCCUCUGAUUGAGAACCACACUGGCCAACAUAGAAAUAGAACACAUAGACCUACAACACAGAACUAGAAUACAUAGAAUCUACACACCCUGGCUCAACAUAUAGAGUCCCCAGAGCCAGGGUGUGACACACCCGAUCUUUUUUGCAUGGUUUAAGGGGUUUCGUUUUCCCUGUUGCGAACACAUUGAGUGUUUCCUUUCCCUCAGUGGCUAAUAUGUGAACCCAUUGGGAUUGAUCAGAAAUCAGAAAAGUGUUAUGUACUGCACAUGCAUUAUAUAACCCUAUACACAUGACCCUAUACACCUGACCCUAUUGUAGUGUCUCACUUAUAACACAUUUACAUUUACGUCAUUUAGCAGAUGCUCUUAUCCAGAGCGACUUACAGUUAGUGACUGCAUACACAUUUUUUGUAAUAUUUUUAAAAAAAAAUUAUAAUGUAUACUGGCCCCCUGUGGGAAUCGAACCCACAACCCUGGCGUUGCAAACGCCAUGCUCUACCAACUGAGCCACACGGGACUAACACCUUUGGCAAGUUGAAUCCGGUGUGCUAGUGUUGGAAUUGAACAAAUGUGAAAUGACUGGUAUUCCUUCUUCCAAGAAGACGGAAGGUUGAGAAAUACUGUUCUGUAGCACGGCUCUAUGAUGCUCAUAAACAUCCACUAGUCUCAACCAGGGCUUUUCACACACAGAUAAGCAUCCGCUCUUUAGAUGGAGUGGAGAGAUAUUACAGUAUGCAUUGUGAACAUGCGAAAAAAAUUACAUCAGUCAAGUCCGGUUUAGUUUGUGUAACAGGGCGUUGUUUUUCUGAACAGUAAAGUUUCACCUGUAGGCUUGGACUGAAACAGGUGUGUAAUGUAGCAUUGGCUUAAUGACUCUCUGGGAUGAUGACGUCAGUCUUUUUGCUUUGUGUGGUGUAGAAGGGAGGAGGGCCAUACUUGGAUGUGAGUCAAUGUCAUAUGAGGCUCAUUUAUAAUUACACGUGUACUUAAGACGGACUGAAGUGAAGUAGACACCUGCACCACAAGUUCACAUACAGCGCCUUCAGGAAGUAUUCACAUCCCUGGACUUUUUCCACAUUUUGUUGUUACAGCCUGAAUUUAAAAUGUUUUAAAUAUAGAUUAUAUAUAGAAAAGCAUGCAUCACAACGUUGAUCAUUUGCACAAUUUCUCUCAUUCACUUUCGCUUGUAAAUGUCCACACUCACCGAAAAUGACAUUCAGUAGCUACAAGUUAUGCUUGUAUAACUUUAUGAACUGGAUUUGCUUGUCUUUGCAAUUUAGUUUGUUCGUUUUUGCUCGUUAGCAUUUUGCUAACGGCGUUUGUGUGACUUCCUAACUCGGUUGCUGGAGAGGAAGGAAACUGCUCAGGGAUUUCACCAUGAGGCCAAUGGUGACUUUAAAACGGUUAGAGUUUAAUGGCUGUGAUAGGAGAACUGAGGAUGGAUCAACAACAUUGUAGUUACUCCAGAAUACUAACCUAAUUGACAGAGUGAAAAGAAGGAAGCCUGUACAGAAUACAAAUAUUACAAAACAUGCAUCCUGUUUUGCAACAAGGCACUAAAGUAAAACUGCGAAAAAUACGGAAUGGAGCUAAGCACAGGCAAAAUCCUAGAGGAAAACCUGGUUCAGUCUGCUUUCCACCAGACACUGGGAGAUGAAUUCACCUUUCAGCAGGACAAUAACCUAAAACACAAGGCCAAAUCUACACUGGAGUUGCUUACCAAGAAGACAGUGAAUUUACCUGAAUGGCCGAGCUACAGUUUUGAUUUAAAUCUAUUUGAAAAUCUAUGGCAAGACCUGAAAAUGGUUGUCUAGCAAUGAUCAACAACCAAUUUGACAGAGCUUGAAGAAUGUUGAAAAGAAUAAUGGGCAAAUGUUGCACAAUCCAGGUGUGGAAAGCUCUUAGAGACUUACCCAGAAAGACUCGCAGCUGGAAUCGCUGCCACAGGGAAAUGGUCAAAUUCAUGCACUUAUCAAGAGAACAGGUGGUCCUCCCUACUGCCUCUGGCGGACUCACUAAACAUAAAUGCAUCUUUUGUAAAUGAUGUCUGAGUGUUGGAGUGUGUCCCUGGCUAUCCAUACAUUUAAAAAACAAGACAAUGGUGCGGGCUGCUUUGCCCCUUUACCCCUACCUACAUGUACAUAUUAUCUCCAUUACCUCGACUAACCUGUUCCCCGGCACAUUGACUCGGUACCUGUACAUACUGUAGCCUCGUUAUUGUUGUUUUAUUGUGUUACUUUAGUUAGUAAAUAUUUUCUUAACUCUAUUUUUCUUAACUGCAUUGUUGGUUAACGGUUAUGAAAGCAUUUCACAUUAAGGUCUGCACCGGUUUUAUUCAGUGCAUGUGACAAAUACAUUUUGAUUUGAUUCAUAUAAGGAAUUUUAAAUUAGUUAUACUUUACUUUUGAUACUUAAGUAUAUUUGAGAAAUUAAUUUACUUUUGAUACUUAAGUACAUUUAAAACCAAAUACUUUUAGACUUUUACUCAAGUAGUAUUUUACUGGCUGACUUUUACUUGAGUAACUUUCUGUUAAGGUAUGUAUACUUUUACUCAAGUAUGACAGUUGGGUAGUUUUCCCACCACUGGAGAAAUGCUUCACAUUGUUUAGUGUGGAAGAAUGGCAUCUAAGACACGUACAGUAGUCACUGAUGAUAAAUGAGAAUGCCAUCCAGGAAAGAAACCAGUUUGAUUUGGAGUGGCAGUGUGAACUCUGCCUUUAACAAUAUGCUUCACAUUGUUUACUUGUGGGGAAAAUGGCAUCAACCAAGCCAUGAAAAUGAGAAGGUAGAGUAGAGACAUGAAAGAACACUUUACUACCAACACUGGACAUGUCUCUGUAGCCCAGGGAAAGUUCCGGGAAGGUAGAAUAGCUAUGUUAGCAUCAGUGGAUUUUGAAAUCUUAGCUAUGCUAGUAUCAGUGGAUAGUUUAGUGGUUGAUGAGAUGUCUGUUUUUUAUUUUAUGUAUUGAUAUGACCCAGAGUAACCCCUUGAUGUAGUACUGUAUAAUAAUAUGCCAUCUGCCUUUCAUGUCUCUUGUUGACAUUGUUUGAGGUGAUGCUUCCUCCUAGUGGACAUUCAGCAUAGUGCAGUUUUGAGCCAUAUGGUUUAGACCUUAUGGUACAGCCAAGCCAAUGUAAUACCUUAACUAACACUGGUCUGGUGUGGCCUCUUAAGCCAAUUAUAUAGUCUACUUGACCCAACUGAAAGCUGUGAUUUAACACAGUCUGACAGUAACGCAGUAAUACUUUAAAUAACGAUGUUUAUUCACUGAAACUAUCUGUUAACUGAGGAGAAAUCCUUCAUGCAAUCUAUCUAUAUUAUAUCCCUGCCAUUUCCUGGUGGGAAAUACUUUUCAUGUGACUUGACUUCUGAUUCCCUUGCUAACGGUUCUUUCUCUCUCUCUCUCUCUCUCUCUCUCUCCCCCCCCCCCCUCUCUCCAGGGCCAUGACCACAGCAAUUUCCCAGCCUCAGAGCAGCUGUACGCUGCAGCCAACGGCGACAUGGAGGAGGGCGUGACAGAGAAGCUGCAGCAGAGUGGAGAGGCGGGCCUUAACCUGCCCAAGGUGGACGGAGGAGAGGGGGACCGCAUGCUCACCCCCGCACUGACCCCACCAGUGAGACACACCCCCGCACUGACCCAACCAGUGAGACACACCCCCUCACUGACCCCACCAGUGAGACACACCCCCUCACUGACCCCACCAGUGAGACACACCCCCUCACUGACCCCACCAGUGAGACACACCCCCUCACUGACCCCACCAGUGAGACACACCCCCGCAGUGAGACACACCCCCUCACUGACCCAACCAGUGAGACACACCCCCUCACUGACCCAACCAGUGAAACACACCCCCGCAGUGAGACACACCCCCUCACUGACCCAACCAGUGAGACACACCCCCUCACUGACCCCACCAGUGAGACACACCCCCUCACUGACCCCACCAGUGAGACACACCCCCUCACUGACCCCACCAGUGAGACACACCCCCUCACUGACCCCACCAGUGAGACACACCCCCUCACUGACCCAACCAGUGAAACACACCCCCUCACUGACCCAACCAGUGAACACACCCUCACUGACCCCCCCCCCACCCCCCUCACUGACCCCACCAGUGAGACACACCCCCUCACUGACCCCACCAGUGAGACACACCCCCUCACUGACCCCACCAGUGAGACACACCCCCUCACUGACCCAACCAGUGAGACACACCCCCUCACUGACCCAACCAGUGAAACACACCCCCUCACUGACCCCACCAGUGAGACACACCCCCGCAGUGAGACACACCCCCUCACUGACCCAACCAGUGAAACACACCCCCUCACUGACCCAACCAGUGAGACACACCCCCGCAGUGAGACACACCCCCUCACUGACCCAACCGGUGAGACCAUUUUACAGUGAGGGGAAAAAAGUAUUUGAUCCCCUGCUGAUUUUGUACGUUUGCCCACUGACAAAGACAUGAUCAGUCUAUCAUUUUAAUGGUAGGUUUAUUUGAACAGUGAGAGACAGAAUAACAACAACAAAAUCCAGAAAAACGCAUGUCAAAAAUGUUACAAAUUGAUUUGCAUUUUCAUGAGGGAAAUAAGUAUUUGACCCCCUCUCAAUCAGAAAGAUUUCUGGCUCCCAGGUGUCUUUUAUACAGGUAACGAGCUGAGAUUAGGAGCAAACUCUUAAAGGGGGUGCUCCUAAUCUCAGCUGGCUACCUGUAUAAAAGACACCUGUCCACAGAAGCAAUCAAUCAAUCAAACUCUCCACCAUGGCCAAGACCAAAGAGCUCUCCAAGGAUGUCAGGGACAAGAUUGUAGACCUACACAAGGCUGGAAUGGGCUACAAGACCAUCGCCAAGCAGCUUGGUUAGAAGGUGACAACAGUUGGUGCGAUUAUUCGCAAAUGAAAGAAACACAAUGGGAUCAGUGGACUCAAUAGGCUGAGUGAAUGAGGAGCGGAUGUCGUCAACCUUCUUUUCAAAGUGGUUGAUAAAAUCGUCCGCAGAGAGGAAGGGUGUGGAGGACACUCACACUCACCCCCCCGCACUGACCCCCACCGGAGAGAGAGACACUACCCCCCCACCCCCCCGCACUGACCCCACCGGAGAGAGAGAGCGAGAGAGAGAGAGACUCACCCCCGCACUGACCCCCACCAGUGAGAGUAAACACACUCACCCCCACAUUGACCCCCACCGGGUUAGAGAGACCCCCACCAGUGAGACACACACAUACACUCACCCCCACAUUGACCCCACCGGAGAGAGGGAGAGAGAGAGAGAGACACUCACCCCCGCAUUGACCCCACCAGUGAGAGGACAAACCUAAUAGAGCUGGGCGAUAUGGACAAAACUUCAUAUGGCAAUAAAUGUAACUAUUUUGCGCUAAUGAUAAAUACAACGAUUACAGUUAGGCCUACUUUCCAUUAGCGGCAGGGAUUUUUUUUCCAGUGCCAAGUAUGAGAUGGUAUAGCCUAUGAUAAAAAAAUAAAAUAAAACUUUCAUAUAACGUGUCCAGGGAAUGCAUGAUUUUAUAUGUUGAUGUGCAACCGGUCAAAAUAGGAUCCAGAACGAUCAGAUUUAUUUUAGUCUCUUCAGAGAUGAAUUUUCUGACAUCGUUGUACGUAGGACUAUUGGUCUAGGCUAUAUAAUUCACCACCUGAGGAAGUGGGAACCCAAAACACUAGAUUGAUAACUCGGAAUAUGGUAUUGUUGCUAGAUAGCAAUGUAGGCUAAAUGAUUAAUCUAUCAGUAAAUGUAAUGUCCUACAAAACUUUCCAGUACUAGACCUUGGCUACUUGAUGUAGGCCUAUUCACUGCAAAUGGCGUGCGCAGCUCAGCUAGUCGUGCUAUGAACUCAAUAUUGAAAUAAAUUGUAUACUCCCAGAAAGCUGCGACUCUCCUCUCUCUGUAACUAGAACAACAAUAGUUGCUUUUAGAACUGUAUUUUUCCCUGCAAUUGCAUUUUGAGAAAGUAAUAUGCUUUGCUUAUCAAAAUGCAUCUCUCCCUCUCCUCACAGUGGGGAAGGGGAGGGAGAGUGGCUCGCUCAUAUAGCAGCCUACAGCGAAACAGGGACAGGCUCAUACUUUCAUAGCAGGAGUCAACAUAAUGGAUAGGCUAUUACUGUUGACCAAAUAAUGGUUUUACAACAAAGAAAUCUGCAGGAACGUUGUGUAGCAAAAUCACAGAAAAUUACCAACCCUAAGCAAAAUGCUUCGGUAAGAGGAGGGGGAAUGUCGGUCAUUUUCGGUUUAUUGUCCCAGCUCUAAAACACACCCCAGCACGUACCCCACCGGUCACACAGACUCACUCACGCAUACACUCACGCCCGUACCGACCCCACCGGUGAGAGACGCUCACAUACCGUCCAUCCCUCCCUCACACCUCUCCUCUUCUCCAACAGGACUCUCAGAGCCUGGGCGGAGGGAACAGCAGAGGAGGCUGCUAUUGGCUGAAGGGCACAGCGUACUCUGACAUCGGCACGCUGGCCUGGAUGAUCACGUUGAGCGACGGGCUCCAUAACUUCAUCGACGGCCUGGCCAUCGGCGCUUCCUUCACUGCCUCAACGUUCCAGGGCAUCAGCACCUCCGUGGCCAUACUCUGUGAGGAGUUUCCCCAUGAGCUGGGUGAGUUUUCAAGGGUUACAGUCUAAUGAAGGGGUGAGUCCAGCACCCCAAAAACAAAAAAAAUCUAGGAUGAAUUAAUGUUUUAUAUGUUUGGGAUUAUAACUGGGCUUAUGUGAAUCCAGCACUCUUCCACCUAUCCAAGCAAUAUCUGUCUGACUGUGCUGAUAUUGUCCUCACCCCUCGCUCUCUCGCUCUCUCGCUCUCGCUCGACCUCUCUCUCUACCUCUCUCUCUCUCUACCUCUCUCUCUCUCUACCUCUCUCUCUCUCUCUCUCUCUCUAUCUCUCUCUUUACUUCUCUCUCUCUACUUCUCUCUCUCUCUUUACUUCUCUCCAGGAGACUUUGUGAUCUUGUUGAACGCUGGGAUGAGCAUCCAGCAGGCUCUGUUCUUUAACUUCCUGUCUGCCUGCUGCUGCUACCUGGGCAUGGGCUUUGGCAUCCUGGCAGGAAACAGCUUCUCACCUCAAUGGGUCUUUGCCCUGGCAGGGGGCAUGUUCCUCUACAUCGCCCUGGCAGACAUGGUGAGAGAGGGGAUGGACGUGGAGGGGUGGACAAGGGCGGGGUUGGUCCGGUGGAGUGAGGGGUGUGAGUGGGGGGGGGUGCGUGCGUGCGUCUCUCUCUGUGUGGGUCUGUCUGUGUAUCUACUGAGAAUGGAUAUAGAGCACAACAUUGACCAUUUACCCAUCCAGUGUUAUUUCUAAGGAUAACUGUGUGGGCAAUAAGGAACUGACCUGCUCCCCCCCUCCUUCUCUCCCUAGUUCCCAGAGAUGAACGAGGUGAGUCGUGAGGAGGAGGAGGCGGGGGGCAGCAGCUUCCUUGUGACCUUCAUCAUCCAGAACGCAGGCCUCCUAACCGGCUUCGCCAUCAUGCUGCUACUCACCACCUACUCUGGAGCCAUCACUAUAGACUAGCAUUAACACUCACACAACUACACCCUACCGGUUUCAACCAGAUCCAACCGCUUAUAACUGGAAUGAUUCCCUUUGGAGCUGAAAGGGAAUGCCUGGCCCUCCCUCCCCAGGCUCCCUCUCUCCCUCUCAGGCCCCAUUUUGCCCUGAAUUCCCGGGGCUUCGGUUCUAGUGCGGAAGGAACGCACAUUAUAAGACUUAAGUUCUCAAAACACUUUCAUAAGCAGUUCCCACAUGCAGUAGCUACUAGUACACUGGCAGGGGUACCCCCCUCCCUCAUUUCUCUCGGGCCUUCUCUCCCCCCUAGUACACUGGCAGGGGUACCCGCCCUCCCUGAUCUCUCUUGGGCCUUCUCUGACCCCUACUCCCUCAUCUCUCUUGGGCUUUCUCUGACCCCUACUCCCUAAUUUCUCUUGGGCCUUCUCUCCCCCCUAGUACACUGGCAGGGGUACCCCCCUCCCUCAUCACUCUUGGGCCUUCUCUCCCCCCCUAGUACACUGGCAGGGGUACCCCCUUCCUCAUCACUCUUGGGCCUUCUCUCCCCCCCUCCCUCAUCUCUCUUGGGCUUUCUCUGACCCCUACUCCCUUUCUCUGACCCCUACUCCCUUUCUCUGACCCCUACUCCCUUUCUCUGACCCCUACUCCCUUUCUCUGACCCCUAGCUGACUAGCCCCCCCUUCUGUUCUAUGCCACCUGCAGGGACCGGUACAAGCCAUAGUCAGGGGGCAGGACAACCAUAUUAUCUCCUAUGCUGAUGACCAACAGACAUGCAAUAUCAACAAACCAUUUAUAUAAACAUAGUUCAUAUAUAAAGUCUAUAUAUAAACUCUUAACUGGGUAUAAAUGGGCUCCCGAGUGGCGCAGCGGUCUAAGACACUGCAUCUCAGUGCUUGAGGCGUCACUACAGACCCCCUGGUUCGAUUCCAGGCUGUAUCACAACCGGCCGUGAUUGGGAGUCCCAUAGGGCGGCGCACAUUUUUAUUCAACCAAAAAACGUUAUUUAAUCAAACAAUUCCUUGUUCCCCAGACUACUGAAAUACCAUUUCGGCUCUACAAAAAGACUCUGCUGUUGUCAUGGAGAUCAUGUCCUUCUCUCAUUGGUUAUUUUGGACAUGCAUGAUGAGCCUUGACUUGGACCUUUUGAGCAACUAAGGGUGUAUUCACUACGGAAACCAUUUUAGAACCAAACAGAGCAAACGGAACAAAACGGGAAGGGACCUACCAGAAUUUGUCCAAUAGAAACGCUUAUUUGCGUUUUCCGUUUGGAGUAAACGGUUUCUGUUGCAAAACAUUUUGCAACAGAAUCAGCGUGAUGAUUACAUCCCAGGGUCCAGGGACUUGGAAAUAGUGUAUUUAUAUUUCCCAUAUGCCUCU